ACUCUGCUCAGACCUGUUCUCUGUCAAGCAGCUGAUAAGAUGAGUCAUAAAUCGUCUGCAUCGCGAUAUAAAGUUCACCAUGACAACAGGCUCGUCAUCACUCUGUUUGGAAAAAGUGCUGAAUUUAGAAAUACCAUUGGAAAUAAAAUCCUCAAGAAUGCGUUUAGUCACAUGUCUGAUUGCUGUGUGACAGGAGAGAGUAGCACCGUCAAAAUAAUUAAUACUCCUGACUUCUUUGAUGAAGAUUCCCGGUUCCCAGAUCAGCACAUUAUUGACUGCAUGGCUCUUUCUUAUCCUGGGCCAAACCUGGUUAUAUUGGCUGUAGACUCUAAAAACAGCCAAGACAAAGAGGUGAUAGAUCAAAUCAACAAACUUCAAUACAUCUUUGGAGAAAACAUUACAGCCAACCUGGUCGUCUUGUUGCCAACCACAGACGUCCUUAAAUCACCUCAUCAUUUGAAGAAACGUUUUAGAAUCCAUCUGAAAUCCAUGUCUGACAAACUGAACUACAGCGUCUGUAGUGGGUGGUGUUCAGGUCAAUGGUCAUUCCAGUAUAACUUCAACAACUACAGUGAAGAUGUUGUGCUAAAAAGAAAGUCCACCUUGGACAAGAGAAGAUGUUCACCUCUGCAUCACCAAGAAAAUCAAAGAACCAACCCUCAGACCUCAUCCAGCUCCCAACGUACAUUAACAGAAGCUAAUACCCGGACGAGGCGCAGUGUCCGAUGGUCAUUCAGAGGUUCCAGGGCAUCUGCAGAAGCAAACAAUCAAUUUAACAUUGUUCUGCUGGGACUAACUGGGACGGGAAAGAGUGCGUCAGCAAACACCAUCCUGGCUGCAGCGAACCUUUUACGGGAUUCAAGUCAACUGUUCAAAUCGGAACUCAGCUCGGUGCCGGUCACCACCAAGUGCGAGGCCAAAACUAUAACGUUUCACAAGAAGAGGGUGACAGUGGUGGAUACUCCAGACUUCUUUAAUGAACACCUCAGUGAAUCUAAAGCACAGACAGACGAGUGUAGGAAGUACUGUGAGCUCAGGCAGAGUAUGGUGCUAAUCGUGCUUCAACUGGGCCGCUUCACAGACCAAGAGGUCGGGAUAUUAGAGAAACUGGAGGACAAGCUCAGCCUCGGCAUCAGGCAGAAAACCGUUGUCCUGCUGACCCACGGUGACGGUUUCAGGGGCAAAAUCGAGAAAUUUAUAGACGAUCGGCGUCCCCUCAAACAUCUCGUGGAAGCCUGUGGAAAUCGCUACCAUGUGUUCAACAACACCUCCAAGGACCCGAGACAAGUCUUGGAGCUGAUCAAGAAAUUUCCAGACAUUGAUGUAUUUUUACCAGAACUUACAGAGAGAAGAUCGCAUUUUAUGUGUUUAUUUUAACUUCUCUGUGGUGACUGAUGAUGAAAACAAAUAGAAAUAAUACAACUUAUCCAGAAAUUCUAUGACUGCAACCAGUUGCAGUCAUUAAAAUGAUUAUGAAAUCUUUUUUCAGUUUGGACUCUGUGUGCUUGUCUUUUAGGUUGCGGUCAGUCAAAUAUCAGUCAGUCAGGUGCACCUUUUAAAAGUCAAGUCAAUUGAGGUGGGCUGUGUAGGUCCUACCACAGUGGGGUCCUGAUGGAAAAAGGCUUCCUCCUCAGUGGAACUGUAUCCGGGUCCUAGAAUGGCUCGUCAUCUCCUUCAUCAAGGGGCGAAUCCAACUUCCAAUCUCAAUAACCUACAGUAGUCUGUACAAAACUCUUGUUUACAGUCACAAAUGUUCUUAUCCAAGUCCCGCCAAGUAUGAAAUGUGCCAUCCAACUCUCUGUUAUUACGAUAACAUAAAGUUAAUGUUAAGUACCUUUAUGUGUGUUUCCCUGUUUAACACUAGUUUAUGAUUAGUUUACAUUUUAAUCGUGAGAUCAACAUGUUUGGCUUUCGAGCAUGAACACACAUUAUAUGGAAACCUAAAUCAUACAUUUACAUACAGAUUAAAAGAUGGGAAAACACUC